AUGGAUUUAUACGUUCAAAUUCUUUAUUCAGAUGGGGAUCUCUUUCAUCAAUACAAACCUCUGCGUUCAAUCAAUGCUGCGGAAAUUGAUACCAUUCAUUUCGACGAUCUUUUUUCGCCGUUGAGAUCGCUAUAUUUUUUCAACUCAAAUCAUUACAAUAAGAUGCUUACAAAAACACUGAUUUUGGAAUGUCAUUUUCAUUUUUUCAAUUCUGGUUCUUCAGCAGCACUGUUGCGUGACUGUGAAUUGCAAUCUCUGGACAAUUUACAGGCGUUUAACCAAGGAUUAGGUCGUUUUUAUAAGUCAUAUUUUAAAUUUGAUGUUUCAUUUAAAGUGGGCAAUAGAAUUUUACCUGCUCAUAAAUUCAUUCUUAGUGCUCAUUCGCCUGUUUUUAAAAAGAUGAUGACAGAUAUCAGUGAGGAACACAUCUUACUUCAUGAUGUACCUUUCGAAGCAUUUGAUUGUUUCCUUAAAUAUAUGUAUACAGGGGAAAUCGAAGACGAAUCCUGGCCCACAGUAAAAGAACUUUAUGUUUUAUCUAAGAAGUAUGAGGUUCAAACAUUAACACGUGAGUGUUCUCAUCUAAUUACUUCUUCUUUCAGUUUUAAUCAAGUGUGCGAAAUUCUAAAGCUUGCCUACAUUUAUGGUGACAAAGAGCUGAAACAAAUAUCUAAACAAUAUGCCAUCACUCAUUAUCGGAAAUUAAUAUCUAAAAAGGAGUGGAAAGAAUUGAUUUCUUCUUAUCCUGAAAUUGGACAUGAAAUAAUGAAUGAUGUUAUCCUUAAGAGCCAUUGUGAAUCGGACAAGAGUUCCUGUACCUAA